GCGCAAAAUCACUUGCAGCCUUGGCUGUCAAUCACCGGGUCCUGGGCACUGAUUACUCGCCAGCACUCGGUGCUUGCCGAGUAUUACCAACGGGGGAGAGAACAGUAUGUAAACAAUACAGUUCUCUCCCCUGUCAGCUCCUGCACACUGCUUUGUAUGGCUCUGCAUAGCAGAAUCAGUAGAAAGCACACACAGCACAUAAUGUGAAACAGCACAGUUAACUCUUUGAUUGCCCCACAUGUUAACCCCUUCCUGCCCAGUGCCAUUAGUACAGUAUCAGUGCUUUUUAUUAGUACUGAUCAUUGUAUUGGUGUCACUGGGGAUGUCAAUGACACCAAGUCAGUUCCCCCCAGUGUCAGAAUGCUCCCCGCAAUCCCGCAAUUAGUCGCUG